CACGGCAUAUAGUGGUAUCCAGUUCCUCAUCCUCUCGACCACUUCGUCCAGACUCUCAAGUUGAUUCAACUGAUCUUCACUAUCCACGAUGCGCUGCUCACCCAUAAAACUCGCUGCGCUAUCUGCGCUGGCAGCCAACAGUGCUGUUGCAGGGAGAUGCCUCACUGACGCUGCCGCCAAUCGCGUGGCCCAAAAUUUUGCAACCACCUUCUCCAAUUACAGCGAAGAAUUCGUCAAUUCCACUUACACCAUCGACGUCAAAGACCAGACUGAUAGCGUUGCGUGGCUCAUCAGCAACGGUACCGCUUGCCCGAACGGACUUAGGUCUCUCACAUUCGGCUCUCGACGUGCUUUGAUGGACGCCCAAGCCACUCAACCGGAUCUGCCGUUCAUCAUCCAGAAUGUCUGGCACGAUUGCACCAACGUGAUUACGCGUUGGAAAUUCGAUAUCGAGCCGCAGCAAGUCCAGGGUAUUGCUGUCUUGGGCACUGUGUGCAACGAAGGUCGAAACAAGAGACAGGAGCCGUAUCUGAUCAAUCAUAUCUUCAGCGAAUUCAACACAGGCGCUUUCUUGGUGUUCCAAGGCGACUAUGUUCCUACUCAGUCUUGCGGCAAUGUCAACUAAAAUCGAGUGUCCGAAAAGCACAAGCGUGCAAGAGAGUACGCCAAUCAAAACGCAUGGUGGAGGGAG